AUGCUGCCUUUUCUGGAUAACGCGCUGAGGGCGAUCCACAAGCAGUGCUACGACGACAUAGUGGAUCGCCUGAAUUACUACUACUCGACACUGAUCCUGCUGUUCUUCGCCAUCUUGGUCAGCGCCAAACAGUACGUUGGCAAGCCGAUCCAGUGCUGGGUGCCGGCACAGUUCAGGGGCGGCUGGGAGCAGUACGCCGAGAGCUACUGCUUCGUGCAGAACACCUACUUUCUGCCGUUCGACAAAGACGUUCCCAGAGACGUUGUCGAACGAGACUACCGCAAAGUUGGCUACUACCAGUGGGUGCCAAUCGUGCUGGCCAUUCAGGCACUGCUGUUUUACAUACCGAACAUGAUGUGGAAGUGGUUAUGGCGAACGACUGUUCCGGUGAUGUGGAUAUGUCGAACACAGGCGUGUGCGGCUGGCUGUACAGAUCAGUCGAAACGGACGAACUCGCUGAAACUGCUCUCCCGUUACGUGCUGUGCGUAAAGUUCGGUCGAACGCACGGAAACUACCUGACCUGUCUGUACAUCAUGGUCAAGCUGCUGUACAUGAUCAACGUCUGCGGCCAGUUCUUCCUCAUGAAUGACUUCCUGAGCACCAACUACACGUUCUGGGGACUGCAGAUAUUGACCGACCUGGCCAACAAGCGCGAAUGGCAGGACAGCGGUCACUUUCCCAGGGUUACACUGUGUGACUUCGACGUCAGAGAGCUGGGCAACGUCCAUCGCCACACCGUACAGUGCGUACUGGUCAUCAACAUGUUCAACGAGAAGCUCUACCUGCUGCUGUGGUUUUGGAUGUUUCUCAUCGGCGUAUGCACCGGCAUUAACUUGCUCUACUGGCUGCUCAGCUCGUUCUCGAGCUACUCGCGCCAAAACGUCGUUCAAAAGUACCUAAGAAUCGUGACCGACUACGAGCAAACGACGGAAUCGAGACGAGCCAUUCACCAAUUCGUAGACCACAUGCUCCGACCUGACGGCGUGCUUCUGCUGCGCUUCAUCAGUGGCCACGCUGGUGACCUGGUGGCCGCAGAACUUUCGAUGCAACUGUACAAGUAA